AUGCUAGAGACUUCGAGUGAACAUCGCCCGCUGGGCCCGAGAGCCUCGGAAUAUUGUGAGGUUAUUGAUUCUCUAUCUAUCACCUUGACCGCGUCCAACAAGCACAAGCGCACCCAGCCGGACGGUUACGCUCCCGACUCGCCCAUGGCGUGUGCACCCCUCCGUCGACGGCCCCCUAGACUCGCUUGCAUAUUACCGACCUUCCCUUACCCUGUUGCGCAGUCAGCAAGAGCGUCAGCCAGGCGACGAGGACAGCGACAUUGCACCGACGGCGCCAGCGCCCACACUCUCACCAUCCACUCGUCUUCUCCAAUAGCCAUCCGCCUCAUCAAUCGGCAAGCCAGCGACCACCCAACGAGCGAGCGGAUUGCCCCACGCAUUCCGUCGCUGAGGCCAAUUUUGAGGCUUCUGCGGCCAGCCCAAGCCGCCGGAGGCAUGCGCGUCGUCCCUAAGAUGGGUAAUGCGGAAGAUUGUUCUGGAGGUGCCACGGGCGCCCGCGCGGCGUUUGGAGGGAUAUCUACCUCCCAACUUGCCUCAGUAGCGAACCCGACGAAGUUCUCGGGGUCAUUGAGGGACUUUCUGGAACUGCCGAGCCACCGGAGGCACGCGCGGGGCUACUACAGCGAAGGACGCGAUAUCAUGGACGAGAGGCUGAGCACACAAUGGAUUACCGACCGCUUCGUGACACGAGUAAGCUACAGUCCGCCUUCUAUGCGCACCGACUCGCUGAACCCGAUCGCAGGUCCGUUACGCUGUCUCCACGCGCCUCCCCUUUCGCUCUGGGGAGGGGAGACCAUGCCGGUAAAAUACAUCGGUUCUGGCCCGUUCAGGCAUCGUGCAUACGUCGCAGACGCCAUGCAAGCCGGUCUUCCGGGCCUUUCAAAUCCGCUUUUAACAAUAGCCCACCGCAAUCUGAAUGUCAAGCACAUCGUUGAGGACUACAUCUCGAGGAUCGCCUCAAACUUCUCAUUUGAUUGA